AUGUCGACCUCCGAAGAUCCGUGGUACAAAACUUCAAUUUCAAGCACAUCAUCAUGUAUAGAAGAAGAGCACGAGCCUGUUGAUCAGGAUGAAGAAGAGAUGUACAAUCCAAGUGGAUGCACGUGGCAGUUGCUCUCCGUCUCAUUACACAGAGCUGCCAAUCUCGGGUUCGGCAUAGCGAUAUCAGGUGGUCGCGACAAUCCACAUUUCACUUCUGGAGAUCCUGUCGUCGUCAUUUCUGACGUCGUGCCAAACGGACCAGCUUGGGGACUUCUCCAAGUAAAUGAUAGAAUACUAUCGGCGAACAACGUGUCAUUCGAGAACAUUGAUUAUAGUAGUGCCGUCGAUAUAAUCAAAAAUAAAGAUCACAUUGAUAUGAUAGUGAAGCGGCGAGUAGCAGUACCAAUGUUAGAAUACGAGCAAAGAACACUCAAGUUUACGUUAUCAAAGUCUCGUAAAAAAGAUGAUUUUGGGAUAGUUGUUGGAUGCAAAUUCUAUAUAAAAGAGAUCAGAAAUCCGAAGUUAGCUGAAAAAGAUCCAGGAUUGAAAGAAGGAGAUUCUGUAUUACGGAUAAACGGACAGAGUUUGGAUGGAGCUUCACUGGAAGAAGUGAAUAAGUGGUUGGAAAGAUCAAGAGAUAAAUUGUGUCUUGUUAUUCAAAGAGAUGUUCGAAGAGGUACUUCCAGAUGGCCAUCACAGAAUACGGUAUAUGAGAGAGUUGGGAGUGUAGCAGCCACUCCAAGGCACUCGCCGAGUCCAAUGUUGCCGCAUAUGCCCAUUACUCAGAGAAACUCUCACGAAUACGUGAAUUCUCCACGUCAUCGAUCAGAUGGGAGUGUGGAAAGACGUGUCUCCUCACCUGCGAAUUCCCAGUUAUCCAAUUUCAAUGGAAUGAAUACUUCUCAAAUCACAACUCAAGAAUAUGAUUGUUAUACUCGUCAACCAUCAAGAUCGAUUGAUGCGAAUGGCGUUGCAAAUAUCAUGUUUAGAAAAGUUGGCGGAAGUGUGGGAGUACGAGUAAUUGGUGGGAACGAAGUGGGUAUUUUCGUAUCUGCAGUGGCCGCCGACUCACCUGCAUCCCUCCACGGAGUGAGCUGUGGAGAUAGAAUUCUAGAAGUGAAUGGAAGAAAUAUGAGAGGAGUGACGAGAGAAUCAGCAGUUCAAUUACUUCUCGGUUUGGAUGAUAGAGUUUCUCUGAAAUUGGAACAUGCUAGACAAGAUUUCGAGCAUGUCCGGGCUAAUCAGUUAGGAGAUAAUUUCUAUAUCAGAUCUCACUUUUCAAGAGAGAAAAGAGAUAAGACAAGUCUGUUGGAACUGAGUAUCAAUGAGGGUGACAUUUUCCAUGUCACUGAUACAUUAUUCGGUGGAACAGUUGGAUUAUGGCAAGCAGCAAGGGUAUAUUCAUCAUCUGAAAACAAGGGAGAACCAGUGAAAGGAGUGAUUCCAAAUCAAACAACUGCUGAGACAAUUGCCAAGGAAUGGAGAGUUUACGUGGAACAGAAACAAGCUAAAUCAAGUGGAAGCGGCACUUUGCUCAGAAGGAAAUUCGAGUCACGACGCACGAAAUCACUCCCGAAAAAUAUGAUUUGUGACCCAACGGAACUGAAUCUUCCACUUCCAGCUUACGAAAGAGUGGCCUUGAAUACUCCUUCAUUCCAUAGACCUGUUGUUUUAUUCGGUCCUCUUGCUGAUAUUGCCAGACAUCAACUUCUGAAUCAAUUCUCCGCGAGGUUUGGAUCUCCAGAAUCCGAUGGAGGAGUCAUCAGACUCAGCUCAGUUGAUCAUGUGAUUGCAUCAAUGAAGCAUUGUGUUCUGGAUAUCUCGAUUGAGUCAGUGGAACGUCUUCAAUUGGCUCAAUAUGCUCCGAUCGUUGUGUUUUUGGAUGUUGAUGGAAGAUCCAAGAUUCGAGAGAUUCGAAAGAAGUGCAAUGCUCCUCACCUCUCAUCAAGGAAAUUGGCAGAAAGUGCGAAUCAAAUCAAGAAACAUCACUCUCAUCUACUGUCAGCUACAAUUGAUGCAACUCACGAGACUGGAUGGUUUGAUGCGUUGAGAGAACUCAUUGUUCACUUACAACAACGACGUCUUUGGAUGCCUGAAUUCCCACCGAAUCUCCCAUUGGAAGAUGUUCUUCUGUUCCCUCUUCCAAAGUAUGAAGGUGAUGUGGAUUCAUUGAAAAGUGAAUAUGUUGAGUAUAACAACGAAGGAAGUCUUCCAAGGAAACCGGAUAAAAACAGUAAAUACAAUUGGGACAGCAAUGGACCUCCGGGUCCUGGAGACUUGCCAAGUGAAAUGAGAGAGUAUUCAACUAUGCCGAGACCUCAUCAUCCACUGAGUACUCCACAAGAUUUCGGAGCUGUUAGGAAUCGUCAGUCAUCGAAUUCUCAGUCCACACUUUCCACAUUUGUCACGACGGCGUCUUCAUCGAACCCUCAGAAUCCUCAAAAUCUGCAGAAUCCGCAGAAUCCUCAACGACCUCUUCUGACUCCAACACGAGAUGAAUCCACGUCAAGAACAACUACACCACAUGGAUAUUAUCAUGUUAAGCAGCUACUUGACGAUGAUUCUCUCUAUCAAGAUGCUCGUCUUGCCAAUGAAAUAGCAAACGCGAGGUUACGAGAAGAAGCAAAACUUAGAGAAGAACGAGUUCAGAGGCAAAGAAUCGAGCUAUCUCCAUCAAAUCUUCAACAUCGUCUCGACAACACCACGCCCAAUAAUUUCGACUUUUCAAGUUUACCAGUGAACGGUGGUCCAUCUUCAAUGACAACGAAUCCGUCAUCUCUCAAUAAUACUCGAUACCAUCCUCUCACACCUUCAAGUAUGACGUCAUCAUCAUCUGGAGCAUCCCGUACGAAUCAACAACAACAACCGAACACACAGACCCCGCCCCCUCCAAGACCUCCUCCAGUUCAUCCAAACCCAUAUUCUCAAAGUUAUAUUAGGAAUAAAUGGAACAACGACGGAGCAAUUGAUGCAAGAGGAGGAGCUGAUGAAAGUCCCCAACCACCGGCAAUUCCAGCGAGAACAAAUGGAAGUGCAUCUCCUGCAAAUGCUAGUAUUUCAUUGACUGUCUCGAAUGUUCCUACUGGAUCUUCUAUAGCCUCAAAAUCUCCGACUCCUCGUUUAGAUGAAAACGAAAACGGGCAGAAAUCAGAGGAAGAAGAACCGACAGUAGUUGAAGAGAGUACGGCAUUGAUUGGAUCAAAAGGAGGAGUUAUACGAUGUGAGAAGUCAAACGUUGAGUUGAGGAUACCUCCAGGAGCAAUUAAUGACGGCGAGGAACAUGAAAUAUACGUGAAAGUUUGUCGAGAAGGUGAUUCAUCACCAAUCGAUAGAUCAAAAGGAGAAACAUUGUUGUCUCCGUUAGUCAUGUGUGGACCACAAGGUCUAAAAUUCGAGAAACAAUGUGAACUUCGAAUGCCACAUACUGGACCAAUAAGUGCAGAUUCAGAUGGACAAUGGUCAUUUUCACUGAAAACUGGAGAGGGAGGAGAAUGGAAACAUAUGGAAAUUGAGCAGCAGGCAACCAAUGCAAAUCAUGAUCAAUUUCUUACUGUACCUAUUACUCAUUUCUAG